AUGGCCGAAGCCUCUGCCGCCGAUGGGAAGAUGAAAGAUCUCAAGAUCUCCGAGACGAAGAAGAACAAGAAGGAUGGCAACCCUAAGACGGCCGCGAAGAAGCCCCAGCAGCAGAAGAAGAAGAUUGAGGGUGCCGCGCUGAUCGGAAUCGAUGUCGCAAAGGAGGACGAUUUGGGUGAAUGGUACCAGCAGGUCAUCACCAAGGGCCAGAUGAUCUCAUACUACGAUACCUUCGGUCGCAUACUGAUGACAGGCAGUUACAUCCUAGAACCCUCUUCGUACGCCAUCUGGGAGUCCAUCAAGGCUUGGUUCGACAAUCAGAUCAAGACACUCAAAGUCCGCAAUGCAUACUUCCCCAUCUUCAUCAGCGCAGACAACUUGGAGCGCGAGAAGGAGCACGUUGAGGGUUUUGCCGCUGAGGUCGCCUGGGUGACCAAGGGUGGAAAGUCCGACUUGGAGAAGCCUGUCGCUGUACGCCCGACCUCCGAGACCGCCAUGUACCCUUACUUUGCUCGCAAGAUCCAGUCGCAUCGUGAUCUCCCUCUGAAGUUGAAUCAGUGGAACAAUGUUGUUCGCUGGGAAUUCAAGCACCCCAUGCCUUUUAUUCGGUCUCGCGAGUUCCUGUGGCAAGAAGGCCAUACCGCACAUCUGACUAAGAAGGAGGCGAGUGAUGAGGUCCUACAGAUCCUGGACUGGUACUCUGACGUCUACCAAGACCUGCUUGCCGUUCCUGUAGUAAAGGGCACCAAGACUGUUAACGAGAAGUUCCCCGGAGCAGAUUACACAACCACUAUCGAGGGGUUCAUUCCUGCCACUGGCCGUGGUAUUCAGGCUGCCACAUCACAUUGCCUUGGUCAGCAUUUCUCCAAAAUGUUCAAUAUCACCGUGGAGGACCCCAACGCAAAAGAGGCCGGCAAGUCAGAGCACGUCCAUGUGUGGCAGAAUUCAUGGGGUCUUACCACCCGUUCCAUUGGUGUCAUGAUCCUUACUCACGGCGAUAACCGUGGCUUGGUCAUCCCUCCGAGGGUAGCGGAGAUUCAGGUAGUCGUUAUCCCUGUCGGUGUCAGCGCAAAGAUGAGCGCUGAAGACAAGGAGAGUCUCUACAGCAAGGUUAAGAAAAUCUCCGAAGAUCUCGUUGAGGCCGGCGUACGCGUCGAGACCGACUACCGCGAGGGCUACUCCCCCGGCUGGAAGUUCAACGACUGGGAGCUUAAGGGAAUCCCUCUCCGAAUUGAGUUCGGCCCCAAGGAUGCUGAGAAGGGCGUCGUUACCACCUCUCGCCGCGACAUCAGCGACAAGGACGCUGCGCGUGGUACUAUCAACGUCGACGACCUCACCAAGGAAGUCCCCAAACUUCUUGAGAAAAUACAGAAGGAUAUGUUCGAGCGCGCAGACAAGGAGUAUCGCGAUCACCGAGUACAGCUCACGAACUGGGAUGACUUUGUUCCUACGCUCAAUGGCAAGAACGUGGUGCUGGUUCCCCACUGUGAGGGCGACAAGUGUGAAGACGAGGUCAAGGCCAAGAGCGCGCGCACCGCACUAGGUGACGGUGUCGCAGAGGACAAGCAGGCCCCUGCCAUGGGCGCAAAGUCUCUUUGUAUUCCUUUCGAGCAGCCCGAAGGCAUCGAGGAGGGUAAGACCAAAUGUAUCAACCCUGACUGCAACACCCCUGCCAAGCAAUGGAUUCUCUUCGGAAGGAGUUACUAG